CGUAUGUAUACAUAUAUGUGAGAUAAUAUUUAGAGACGAGACUAUUUCCCUAUCUGAGAGAUGUUCCACCGCGGUGAAAACUAUGGAUUAGGAUUGACAAUUGAAUUUGUUGCGUGAACUUAAAAUGAAAAGUAAAGGAUAUUAUCGAUAGAAACGUUCAAAAGAGAAACAAAUAAGACUUUUGGUACAUUUUAUAAAAGAUUUUUUGUUUAUGUCUCAUUUCAGAUUUAUUCAUAAUUGGAAUUUAGUUGUAUUGUCAAUUAUGACUGUCGAAUGUAUUUUUUGUUCUACACAGUGUGUGAAAUAUUGUUGUCCUAGUUGUGAUCGAAUGACUCGUUCGCAGAAGUUCGGACGUUUACUUCAAGUUCUGGAGCGGUGUUCUGAAGGUAUCGUUUAUCACGAUGAGAUUGUUAAUGCUGUACAACGAAUUCGACGAGCAAGUACAUAUUCGUAUGGUAUCAAAUGUAUUUUGUACUGUUUAGAUGGAAUCGAUGAUGUCACCAUUGGAGUUUCGUCCUUAUGGGGUGUUCGAUGAUAGAAUCCAUGUGGUGGAUUUGAUUGCAAAGGAAUAUCUUGAAAAAGCAUCGGCGGACGUACAGCAUCUUAUUCCAGUCGAUGUUGAUGCUGAUGGAAAUUGUUUAUACCAUUCUGUUAUUCUUUUGAUGAAUGAUCCAACACUAACAGCAAGUGAAUUACGAGUUCGCACGAUUAUAGAACUUGUAAUAAAUGAAGCGUUUUAUUCCAAUAUGUACACGCAUCGUGCCGGACUUAUUGAUAUAGCUAUUAAAGCUAUAUGCAAAAAUCGAACAUAUUCGAGAUUGUACGAAAUUUGUGCUUUAUGUAGUGUACUCAAAUGCAAUAUACGAAGUGUCUAUCCAGAAAUUGACUUUAGAGCUGACAUGGCUGUGAUGAAUAGUAUAUAUACACCUAUUCCGCCGAUCAUUGUUAAUUAUGAAGUUGCAAUUUUGUGGUCGAAUGUCUGGAAAGAAAUGCACGUGCGAGCGGUCAAUAAUAAUCUAUGGAGUCCGAAUCAUUUUGUGCCUCUCUUAGCAUCAAUUCAGCAAUAUGAUUUUGAUCAUAGGAAUCAAUUAUUAUUAUCUAAUGUCAAAACUCCUGAAAAGAAAACAUUUAAGAACAAUGCAGCCGCUCAAAUACGCAUGCCUGAAUUUGAAUCUUCUCCCAACAGACGUGUACGUAGCGAUAUCAUUAUUGAAAGUGAACGCACUAAAGCAAUCAGCCCGAUUGCAAUCGAAUAG